AUGGACUUACUAGUUGGUGGUGGUACGGUGGUGGAAAUGAAUCGCCGCGACUCCAAGGAAGCCAUCCAGGAACGCGUCUCCAAGUUCAUCGGCUUCAUCACCGUCGAGGCGAACGAGUGGUGCCACCGUGACUAUCGGAAAACCGUCACGCCUGACGAUGUGCCGGUGGCAAUGGCGUUGUUGGGGUCCAAUGACUAUUUGGAGACCCUCCUCAUUUUCCUCAACAAGCACCGUGCACAGCAGGACCCCGAGAACAGCUCUACGAAUCAGCUACCGCAGUUCGUUAGACGGGGCAGCAACGCGACGAUCGACGGUGGCUUUGUAGCUAAGGGCUGA